CAAAUAUGUUCUAUGCCAUAUUUUGGACGAUUGUUUACCUACAUAUUCCCGCGUAAAUGUUGGUGAUUCAUAAUUGAUAUUAUAAUUGAUUAUUUGAUUUGAUAUAGUUGUUAAUAAACCUUGAAUUUUUUUUUUAAUUAUAGUAAAAUUUCACCGGAAGAGUAAAGUUGUAUAAAACCUCUCAAGUGUAUAUUUUAAACAGAGGGUAGUCAUUUUUAUGAGGCUGGUUGGGGUCAUUCCACGGGCGGGAACGCCAAUGUCAGUUAGCUUCUAUAUGGCGUUCCAUUAAUGGCUGAAAAGCAAUAGGAAAUAUCUAAACUGCGUAAGUUUUUCCUCGCAAAAUAUCUUUUUGACUUCAGCAUAGUCAAAAAGCCUUUGAAAUUUUCUUCAAUCAAGAUAUCCACUGUUUCUGUAACAAGAAGUAAAAUGGGUGACAGUGUGGAAAGCGGAAGCAAGAAGGGAGAAGCCCUUACCGUUGAGAAGAUGUAUCAGAAGAAAUCACAGCUCGAGCAUAUAUUGCUUAGGCCUGAUACUUAUGUUGGUUCUGUUGAACCUGUGACAGAGCUAAUGUGGGUAUUUGAUAGUGAAACCAAAACGAUGGUUCAGAGAGAAAUUACUUAUGUUCCUGGUUUGUAUAAGAUAUUUGACGAAAUCUUGGUAAAUGCUGCUGACAAUAAGCAACGAGACAAAACUAUGGAUACGAUUAAAAUAACCAUUAAUGCAGAAGAAAACGUUAUAUCAAUAUGGAAUAAUGGCCAAGGUAUACCUGUAGUUGAGCAUAAGGAUGAAAAAAUGUAUGUUCCUACUAUGAUAUUUGGUCAUUUGUUGACAUCCUCUAAUUACAAUGAUGAGGAACAGAAAGUAACUGGUGGACGAAAUGGUUAUGGAGCUAAAUUGUGCAACAUUUUUUCUACUCGUUUCACUGUUGAAACAAGUUCAGUGCAGUAUAAAAAAGCUUUUAAACAGACUUGGAAAGAUAAUAUGAGCAAAGCAGAGGAUGUAAAGAUUAAAAGCUCAUCUGAUCAUGACUAUACCAAAGUAACAUUUUCUCCUGACUUGAGGAAAUUUAAAAUGGAAAAAUUGGAUAAGGAUAUUGUUGAUCUUAUGUGUCGACGUGCUUAUGAUGUAGCUGCUUCAACUCGUGGAGUGAAAGUGUGGCUGAAUGGAGAGAAGCUACCGAUUAAAACCUUUAAGGAUUAUAUCGAUCUCUAUAUAAAAGGUAAAGAAGAUGACAUAGGUAAUCCACUUCAAGUUAUGUAUGAAAGUGUUAAUGAAAGAUGGGAAGUCGCAGUUACGACAUCUGAGAAAGGUUUUCAACAAGUAUCAUUUGUCAACAGUAUAGCAACUACAAAGGGUGGAAGGCAUGUUGAUUAUGUGGCUGAUGCUCUUGUGAAAAAUCUCACAGAAAUAAUCAAAAAGAAAAAUAAAGGCGGAAUGCAGAUAAAACCAUUCCAGAUCAAGACCCACAUGUGGUUGUUCAUUAAUUGUUUGAUAGUUAACCCAACCUUUGAUUCGCAAACCAAAGAGCAUAUGACACUUCAAGCCAAAAACUUUGGAUCUAAAUGUGCUUUAUCUGAAAAAUUUUUGAAUCAAGUUGGAAAAAGCAACUUGAUUGAUCAAAUAUUAACAUGGGCUAAAUUUAAGGCUCAGACAAUAUUGGAAAAAGCAGGUGGCGGAAAAAAGAAAUCGAAACUAAAAGGUAUACCGAAGUUAGAAGAUGCUAACGAUGCUGGUUCUAAGAAUUCACUUUCUUGCACUCUCAUCCUAACAGAGGGAGACUCAGCCAAGGCUUUAGUAAUGUCUGGGUUGGGUGUUAUUGGCAGAGACAAGUACGGAGUUUUCCCUCUGAGGGGUAAACUACUAAAUGUCCGAGAAGCAACUCACAAGCAGAUUAUUGAAAAUGCUGAAAUAAACAAUAUUAUCAAAAUUAUGGGAUUGCAAUAUAAAAAGAAGUAUGAAACCAGAGAAGAUCUACAAACACUUCGAUAUGGGAAAUUAAUGAUAAUGACAGAUCAGGAUCAGGAUGGCUCACAUAUUAAAGGUCUGAUUGUCAACUUCAUACAUCACAACUGGCCAUCACUUAUAAAGAUGCCUUUCCUCGAGGUUUUCAUUACUCCAAUUGUAAAAGCUACGAAAAAGAAUGAGGAGUAUUCUUUCUUUUCUAUCCCAGAGUUCGAAGAAUGGAAAAACGGAACACCUAAUGCGCACACUUAUAGAAUAAAAUACUACAAAGGUUUGGGUACUUCGACCUCAAAAGAGGCGAAGGAAUAUUUUAGUAAUAUGGACCGCCACCGAAUUACGUUUAAAUACAGUGGACCAGAAUGUGAUCAACAUAUUAUAAUGGCAUUCAGUAAAAAAUGCGUCGAACAGAGGAAGGAAUGGUUGACUAAUUGGAUGGUCGAGAGGAAGAGACGAAAAGAAUUAGGUUUAAAUGAAGAAUACCUGUAUACCAAAGAUACCAAAUCUAUUACUUAUAAAGAUUUUAUUAACAAAGAGCUGGUUCUCUUUUCAAACAUGGACAAUGAACGAUCCAUACCUAAUAUGGUUGAUGGAUUAAAACCAGGUUCAAGAAAGGUGUUGUUUACAUGCCUGAAAAGAAAUGACAAAAGAGAAGUCAAAGUUGCUCAACUUGCUGGUUCAGUUGCUGAAUUAUCAGCAUACCACCACGGUGAACAGUCAUUGAUGUCUGUCAUCAUAAAUUUGGCUCAGAACUACGUUGGUUCUAAUAAUAUUAACCUACUGCAGCCUAUUGGUCAGUUUGGUACUCGACUGCAUAUGGGUAAAGAUGCUGCCUCGCCCAGAUAUAUUUUUACAAUGCUCAGCCCAUUAACAAGAUUAAUUUUUCAUCCUCAUGAUGACCCUUUGUUAAAAUAUCAGAAGGAUGACAAUCAACGCAUUGAACCUGUGUGGUACAUUCCAAUUAUUCCCAUGGUGUUAAUUAAUGGAGCUGAUGGUAUUGGUACUGGUUGGAUGACGAAGAUUCCCAAUUAUAAUCCUCGAGAGCUCAUAGAGAAUAUAAGAAAAAUGAUAACCAAUACAGAACCACUUAUCCCAUUGAAACCGUUUUAUAAAAACUUCAGAGGUGAUAUUGAGGCUUUAUUGGACUCACGUUAUGUGAUAUCUGGAGAAAUUGGAGUUCUUCAGGAUGAUAGGAUAGAAAUUUCUGAACUUCCAGUUGGCUGUGGAACUCAUCAUUACAAGGAGUCUGUUCUCGAACCCAUGUUGAAUGGAACAGAUAAACAGCCUGCUAUGAUUACUGAUUAUAAAGAGUAUAAUACAGAUACAACAGUCAGAUUUAUUGUUACUAUGUCGAAUGAUAAAUUGGCUGCUGCAGAGCAUGAAGGUCUCCAUAAAGUUUUCAAAUUGCAAACGACUAUUUCUCUUUCUUCUAUGGUUGCUUUUGAUAAAGAUCUCUGCUUGAAGCGGUACGAUGCAGUUUUAGACAUAAUGAAGGAAUUUUUUGAUUUAAGACUUGUGUAUUAUUCAAAACGUAAAGCUUACCUUGAAGGAGUCCUUGAGGCAGAAGCUGCCAAACUCUCAAACCAAGCAAGAUUCAUUGUUGAAAAGUGUAAUGGUACACUGAUAAUUGAAAACAAGAAAAAGGCUAAAAUGAUUGAUGAAUUAGUAAAGAAUGGUUAUGCCUCUGACCCUGUAAAAACUUGGAAAGCGCAGCAGGUCAAACAAGGAAAUAUGGAUGAAGAAGAAAAAGACGUCCCAGCUGAUGAAGAAGCUGCUGCUGCAGCUGCCUCUGUUGCAGUGGCUGAAGGAGCUCCUGACUUUGAUUAUUUACUUGGUAUGACCAUGUGGUCACUUACCCUUGAAAAGAAGGAAGAAUUAAUCAACAAGAAGAAUGCCAAGGUUGCAGAACUGGAAGCUCUCAAGAUGAAAACACCUGGUGAACUUUGGAUGGACGAUCUACAAGUAUUAUCAGAAAAGUUGGAUGAGGUGGAAGAAAAAGAAAAGCAGGAAGAAAUGGCCUCUCUUCAAGUUGGAAGCAGCGGGAAGGAGAAAGGUAGAAAAAAGAAAGGAGGAGCCCCACAAGCAGACACCUUCCCAUCACCCACUGCUCGGAGGAUAGCUCCAGAAAUCGGAGCUGAUAUCAAAAAGAAGGCAGAAGCAGCUACCCGAUUGAAGGACCGUAAGCUGAAAGGUCUAACUGGGAGAGGAAAGCCUAAAGACAAAGAUGGUGAUAAAGAUGAGUUUGAUAUGAUCGAAGAAGGAGCCCAGAAGUCCGUAGCUUCAAGAGUUGGGAAUUCACCUAAUCUAAUUGAAAAGAAAAUGAAGGAGAAGAAGAAAGAAAUGAAACAAACCAAGUUGAACUUUGGGAAAAGUAAAGGGAAAAAGAAAUCUCCUUGGACAGAUAGUGAAUCUGAAGAUGAUGAUGGUGAUGAAGAAUUUCAUACUUCUUCCAGAGUUACAGAAGAUUCGCCCAUCAGAAGAGGACCAAGGAGACAAGCUGCUUCCAAUGUCAAGUUCAAUUUUGAAGAUGAUGACAAUUCUGUUGAGUCUUUCAAGUCCGUUAAGAAGAAUGGCAGUGUGUUCUCUGAUGAUGAAGAAGAUGUGGCAGUGAAAAAGAAGAAAGAGCCAAAGAACGAAGAAAUUAAAGUAUUCUCUUCUGCUGCUGAAAGUAGUGAUGACGACUUGGGACUUCAUUCUAAGGCUACAAGUAAAGAAAAUUUGGAAGAGUCAGCUGAGGACUUGUUCGAUAGCCUACUCAAUAACAAAGGCAAAAAGAAUGCUGCUGCUACUGAUGAUGAGUCUGGUGGUGAUGCCAAGCCCAAAGCCAAAAAAGCUGCAAAACCCAAGAAACCAGCUACAGAAAAGAAAGCACCAGUUAAAAGAGCGAUGUCAAGCGAAAAGAAGAAACCUGCUGAAAAGAAAACAACCAAACGACCGAAAAAGAAGAGUUCUGAUGGAGAUUCAGAUUCAGAUGAUAUGUUUUCUUCACCAAUAAAAUCGAAAUCCAAGAAGAAGAAGGCAUCAACAUCAGAUGGCGAGGAUGAUAUUGAAAUGGUUGAAGCCCCACCUGUUAGACAGUCCGUAGGCCGAUCACGAAAACCAAUUAAAUAUCAAUAUGACGAAGAUGAAGAUGAUGACGACAAAGGAAAUGAUAGUGAAUUUAGUGAUUAGACUUGAAGGGAACACUUUUUUUUUUACUUUUUUAAACAUCUUCCAAGUUUCUGUAAGAAUGGAAGAUUCUCUUGUUCAGAUUAAGUUGUUAUUAUUUAUUGAAUUCCUCGCUCUUGUAAAUUUUGCAAAUUAAUUUUAAGUUUUGAACAUCUCACACUUAAGUUAUAAUUUUUUUUUUUAUUUGUAUCAAUUCUACUACUCAUGAAUAAUGUAGUUAAAAUAUGCAAUGAAUUGUACCGAUUCUAAGGACAUGCAUAAAUUCUUUUUAUGUUAAUUCUGUUGGCAUUAUGUAUUGAUAUACUACAUUAUUUGUUUGACUUUGUAUUAUAUUCCAUUUUUAGUAUAGGACUAUCAGCAGUAAAUACAUUUUAUAUUUUUAAUAAUUUAAAAAAACUUGAUUGUUUUUUAUUUGGUUUUUAGAUAUAAAUAGAAACCUUAAUGAACUUUUAAGUAUAUACUAUCGGUGUUAUCUCUUCUUGUAAAUGUUUGUUAUGAGAUUAUAUAUUAACUCCAUAAGGAGUAUACAUUUUUU